AUGAUAAAAGAGGCAGAGUUGAUAAAGAAUUUCAGAGACAUGAACCUACAAGUCACCCUCGCUCCAAAAAGCAUACGUCUGAACCACCUAACAGUGACAAGUCAAUUCAAAGAACAAAUAACUAAGGCGCAGAGUUCCGAUCCCGAUUUUCAAGAAACCCUGAGCCUUGUCAAAGAAGGAAAAUUGAAAGGCUUCAUCGAAGGAGAGGACAAGGUGUGGAGAUACCAAGGUCGAAUCUGUGUCCCAAAGGAAGGCGAUCUUCAAAGCAAGAUUGCGGAAGAAGCCCACAAAAGAGAUUUUACCAUUCAUCCUGGCAUGACAAAGAUGUACCAUGAUUUGAAAAAGAUGUUCUGGUGGCCAGGAAUGAAAAGAGAUUUAGCUACGAUCGUGAAUAAAUGUCUGGUUUGUCAGAAGGUAAAAAUUGAACAUCAGAAACCAUCAGGGGUAUUGCAACCCCUUGGCAUCCCAGAGUGGAAAUGGGAGGACAUAUCGAUGGAUUUCGUCAUGGGACUACCUCGUACUCAAACAGGGCGUGACGCUAUAUGGGUCAUCGUGGACCGACUUACAAAGACUGCCCAUUUUCUACCAGUCAAGGCGACCGACUCAUUGGAAAGACUAGCCACGCUAUAUAUCAAAGAGAUCGUGAGACCAGGAAAGUGGGAGAGUCACCUACCACUGAUCGAGUUUGCUUAUAACAACAGUUACCGUGGUCGCAUCGGGAUGGCACCAUAUGAGGCACUGUACGGGCGAAGAUGCCAAUCUCCUUUAUGUUGGUACGGACCAGAAGAUAAAGGCUACUUAGGACCGGAGUUAGUUCUCACUCCCUUUCCUUUUCCCAUACUAUCUCCAGAGGAACAUGGCACAGCGGAUAGAGACGACGCAGUGCCCCUGAGGGUAACUUCUGAGUAUGACCCCUCGAAGCACGCGUGGGUAGUUGCGACCACUACUACCGUGCUCCAAACUAUCUACUUAGGUCGAGAACUCGUAGAAGAAGAACCCCAGCUGCCCGUCAUAACCUUCCUAGAUAGGGACGCUUCAACAUCUAGGAAGCGGUCAUCCAAGGUGGUACACCUUGAGUCCGACCCCGAGACCGAGGAAGAGAAAUCCGACAACCCUGGCCAGAAGGAAGACACCAUGGAGGAGGACCCAGAGGAGAAGUUGAACCCUGGUGGAAGUCCAAAGGUGGAAUACGUGCCCUACUCCCCCAUUUCGGCACCCCGUCGAGUUUUGGUUCAUCCCACGCAACGGAACCGGGUCUUCACUGCGCGAAAGGGUGUUGGAGGGAGACCCCUGGUACCUCGAUUCAUAAAUAACUGA